CGGGCUGCCACAUACCUUCAUCUUGCGACUACGCACGCACCUUCUCUGCUAUUGAUAUUGUGCGAGUAAACCUAGCUCAAGCAGAGAUAGAUGGCUGCCAAUACACCGACAACUGAUGCAACUGGAGGACAAUCAUUGAUGGACGAACGGAUCCUGAAAGCAGCCACCUUUGGUGUUUUCUGGGACAUUGAGGUGUUGGCUACAAAGAGUCCAAGCAUUCUUCUUGGAGUAACUCCGCAAGGGAACAACUGCCUCCACAUAUCCACCAUUCAUGGGCACGAAGAGUUCUGCUUGUAUGCGCUGGCACUAGAGCGUUCUCUCCUUGAAAAGGUCAACUGCGAGAACGAGACGCCGCUUGUCAUUGCUGUUUCACUUGGCCAUGCCUCUUUGGCUUCUAAAUUACUGCAGCAAUGCUGCAGAAGACCACGAUUGAGUCGAGCAAUCUUGCAACAAGACAGGUAUGGAUUUAACGCACUGCAUCAUGCUAUUCGCAAUGGCCACAAGCAACUUGCACUGGAUUUGAUAGCAGAAGAGUCUGCCCUGUCGAGAGCUGUGACCAAGUACACUGAGUCACCCAUGUUCAUCGCCGUGAUGAGGAAUUAUGUAGAUGUUUCUGAAAAGCUACUAGACGUUGAUGAUUCUUCUGAUGUUGGACAGUAUGAACGCCAUGCUCUUCAUGCUGCAGCGAGAAAUGGAAAUAAAGACCCAACAAUUCUGGACAACCGUGGGAAUUCAGCGGCUUCGCAAUUGUCGAGCAUCACAAUCGAUGACAAGACUUUGGACUGGAAGGAAGUGCAUGUUCUCAUGUCAAAAGCUGAUCCCAGUGAUGAUGACAUCUCCUUGUAUAAUCUUCGCAAGGGAGCCACGAAACAGGAGAGUAUUAAAUCAAGGAGACAGAGAGAGUCAAUGACCCAAAAAUACAGAAGCAACACAUCAUUGGUGGCAAUCCUCCUUGCAACAAUCACCUUUACUGCUGCUUUCACUCUACCCGGAGGAUAUAGCAGUGAUUCUGGAAAUGCGGGACUUCCCACCAUGUCUGGAAAGGUUACAUUUAUAGUGUUCUUGAUCUUUGACACCUUAGCAAUGUGCUCCUCAUUUGUUGUGGCCUUUAUAUGCCUCAUGGGAAAGUGGGAGGAUGAUAAGUUCACAACCUGUUUCAUCUUUGUAACUAAGAAGCUCACCUGGUUUGCAUACUUGGCAACAGUUACGGCUUUUUCAACUGGAUUGUACCCAGUGCUGGCCCCACGUCUCCAAUGGUUGGCGAUUCUGAUUUGCUCUCUGGUAGCUUUUUUCUUCAUUCUUACUAUUUUCAUAGCAAAAUGGCCUUCCAUGAAGCUCAGUUUUCGGUUGGGUCAAACAUUGCCUUCCAUGAAGCUCAGUUUUUGAUAUGGCGCUCAAAUUUCUGCAAUGGUUUGACCUCCAAUUCCAAUUCCUGUGACAUGGUCUAACCUCCACAAUUCAUUUUAUGGUUAUGAUUUUAAAAUAUUUUACAAGUCAUAUCUAAUGAACAUUGUUGGAUAUUCAUAUAGUAUUGUUAAUUUAUCGGGAAAAUUACAAUGUACUGUUCACUCUUGUAUUCUGUUCAAAUCUAAUGCAUUGC